AUGCAGCUGUCAUUCAACUUCGCACAUGGUGGGACAGUUGGCCCCUUGGACUUUGAGCCAGAUGCGCUCAUCGAUGAUGUGGCCUUUCGCCUGAAGUGCUCCUUGAAGCCAUCCGAGCAGGUGUAUGCUCGGUUUGUCUGGGAGGGGUCAUGCUUGCCAUCGCACCGAAAGUUGUCAGCGACCUCAUUGAGGGAUGGGGACGUGCUUCAGACACUCUGGGCUUCAGCCGUGCCGCUGGAUGAACUGGGCAAUGACAGACAGGAAACCCUCCCAAGACGCCAUUGGAGCCUGCCAACGUUUGCUGGCAGUUCGGAAGCUGGCAUGCCUGGCACGCUUGACGUCUCCGCGAUGCACAAGCUCGAAGAUCAUCUGCCGGAGCUGGCAAGGUGCAUCACCCCCGCACUGCAGGUCUUGGACAUUCGCCAGUGCGGCUUGCGAGCCGGGUGCCUCCGCAACCUCUUUGCAAAGCUGCCUUCAUCUUUGAAAGAGCUUCGCGCGAGCCGAAACUUCAUUACUCCAGAAGCUGUGGACACCCUCUGCGAUCGUGCCUUUACCGGCCUCCGAGUUUUGGACGUCGGAUACUCGCACUGCACAGACUGCUCUGGCUUGGACCGCCUCAGUGGGAUGAUUGGGGGCACCUUGGAGGAGCUGGUGGUGGGUGAUCUUGAGGCAGUGGCGCGACCACCUACCCUGCUGGCAGGGGUACUCUCCAGAUGCCCCCAACUGAAGGCGAUUGAUUUCGCCGACAACAACUCUGAAGGCUUUUUGAGUGAGACCUUCAGGAGUCUGGCACAGCACUGCUCACUGCUGGAGGCCAUGCAUGGCUACCGCACUGAGCCUGAAUCCUCAGUUCUUCACGGCUUUCUCUCUCAGUGCCGCAAUCUCGGCCGACUGGAAGUUUCGGGAAUCUCCACACCCGAAAGCAUCAAUAAGAUGGCCGAGCUACCUUUCUUGAGGUCUCUCCGGUUGGAGUUGUUCUCAAAUCACCAAGACAUGAUUGACGCAAUCUGCAAUCUCAAGGUGGAGACCUUGUUUCUGGAGUUCACUUCUCGUGAAGAGGAGGACGACGACGAUGAGGACGACGAUGAGGACUCUGUUGAACUGUGUCUGGACCUUUGCACCAACCCCCAAGACCUGGCGGAGUCUUUUGGCAAGUCCAGUGCAACAUGCCUCUCGCUUCUGGCGGGUGGAGUGGAUCCGGUGGUGCUUCAAGCGGUAGGUUCCCGCUUGUAUGAGCUUGGGCCUGGCAGGUCCGGAGGUGAGGAAUACCCAGCUCCCGGCAUUUUGGGCACCCUCCUGCAGGUCCCAAGCUCUUGCGUAAACCUUGUGCAGCUGCAAGUCAACUUUUGGGAGCAGAUUGAUGCAGCCGCCUUAGCCACGGUGGCCGAGAUGUGUCCUUCUUUGAAGCAGCUGCGGCUGAAUGCCGACGAUUAUGAUUUUCAGAAGGCGCCGAUCGACGAAGGGGUCCUUGCUCUGGGCCGCCACUGCAGCAGACUGGAGCACUUGGACCUCUAUGACCGGUGGCUCCGCGACCCAGCUGCGACCCUGUCCACGGCCAUCACCGGGUGGCCCCAGCUCCGUUACUUCUGUGCCGGGGGAACCAGCCGGCAGCCGUGGCAGGUGGCAGAUCCCGAUGUCAGGAUCGCCCGCGCACUGGCGGCUUCUUGCCCACUCCUGCAGCAAGCCAUCUUCUACGGCGAGGGCCUCCACAAGUGGUACCGGCUCCUCGAAGCAUCGUGCCCCAUCUAUGGCGAGCCGUGCUUGGAUUCAGAUGAUGAGUGA